UUUUACCAUUAUCCAAUAUUUCUUUAUCACAUCUCUAGGUAUUUAUUUUGUGAAGGCUCGCGCACCAUGUGUAAACAUCGCGAUACAUCGUUGACAGCAUCUCGACGUUACUAUCAUUCCAGAAGGUCAUGUUUUCAUCAAAGUACCAUCAGAAGUCGUCUUCAGGAGACCACAAUAACAAUGCUAACGAAUGGCAGUAAUCAUAAUGGUUGCAACAAUAUGGUGAGCGGAGGUAAUGGUGCUGGUGUCACCGGUAAUUUUUCGAAUGAUGAUACAAUAGAUGUGGCACUCACAACUGAUUAUUGUCAUCAACAUCAGCACUCCCAUCAGCUCAUGUGAGAUUAUAUGAAUCAUCAUCAUCCUCAUCAAAGUCAUCAUAAACAUCUUCAUAAAGCUUCAGCAACUGUAACAUCAUCUAUGGAUGUUUGUCAGAGUGAGUGUUACGAAAUGAACAGCCUAUCAAAAGGUAGACCAUGUCCAGGACGAAGAAAAUCUGUAGCAUCACUACAGCCACAGUCACAAUCAACUUCUUUGGGAACAGCAAAAUCAUUAUCAUGUAAAUACGCUUUAAAAGGAUCUACACAUUUGCAUCACUGUAAGUGUCAAGCUCUUCAUAGCACAUCAAAAUCAACGAAAGGACAUUCUAGAAAUGGGCUUAAGUCACAGCAACAUGGUAUGACUACAAUGUGUGAGGGAGUAUAAAUGUUAUGUUAUAGUUUUAAGGAUAUACAAAAAAAAACAAAACAAAAAUGAUGCAGGGAUACAAUGAUUUCUUUUUAGCUUAAUAUAAGGACAUUUGAGAGUUUCAAAAACUUCCUAUGUAAUCUAGUUCAGUUCUA